AUGGCGGCCGCGGAUCCCCGGUCCUCAAGUGACGGCGGGCCGGCAAGCGCAGAGGCGGAUUUCCAGCCGGGGAAAGCAGCAACGACCGCGACGGGCCGGGCGGCGGCGGCGGCGGCGGCGGAGGCGGAGAGGGCGAACGGGGAGCGGGACCGGGCCACCUUCGAGUGCAACAUUUGUUUGGACACUGCCAGGGACGCUGUCAUCAGUAUGUGCGGCCACUUGUUCUGCUGGCCCUGUCUGCAUCAAUGGUUGGAGACGCGGCCCAGCAUGCAGCAGUGUCCUGUGUGUAAAGCAGGCAUCAGCAGGGAGAAAGUCAUCCCACUGUACGGCAGAGGGAGCUCCAGCCAAGAGGACCCCAGGUUGAAAACUCCACCUCGGCCUCAGGGACAGAGAACAGAGCCAGAGAGUCGAGGCGGGAUGUUUCAGGGUUUCGGGGACACUGGCUUUCACAUGUCUUUUGGCAUCGGGGCUUUCCCCUUCGGCUUCUUCACCACUGUCUUCAACGCCAACGACCCAUUUCACAGAGCAGACCCGUAUGCAGGUGAUCACCAAGGCAACACUAACCACAACAAUGGCAAUAACAACUGGCAAGACUCCCUCUUCCUAUUCGUGGCCAUUUUCUUCUUCUUCUGGCUGCUGAGUGUGUGAUG